AUGUUACAACAAUUUUAUAUUCACCGCCAAUUUAUUUUACUUCAGAUUAUUGCCUUUCUAUUCUCUCAAUGGAUAACAUCUCCGCUCGUUUACGCAGAUGCAGAAGUUAACCGGCAUCUUUUUUAUGAUACAAGUCAAAUAAAUGAUGGUAACAUCAAAACAUGUAUUACUUAUGCCGUUCACCGUAUUAAUAAUGAAACUUGUAUUCUUUUGCGAGAACAGCCUUCAGAAUCGAAUAUAAUUUUUCGCCACAACAAAACUUCAUCCAUUUACUUCUCUCAAAGUGAGCGAGGACUGUGUGGUGUAGAUGCUGAUAAUUCUAGUUUAAUUUAUUUGAGCAGAGAAUGUGUGACUAAUGAUCCAAAUGCCUGUAUUCACUUAAUUUCAAAAGCAUUGACUGGUCGCAAAGCGGUAACGGCAAAUGUCUUUUCUCUUCUAAAUGAGUAUUUUGAAUGUAACGAUCAUUGCCAAAUAAGUUGUUCAAAUGGGGGGAAAUUUGAUUUUGGAAAAUGUGAUGAUUGUAAUUGUCCGUUUAAUGGACUUUUUGAGGGGCAAACUUGUGAUGAAUUGGUUAAAUUGGGGGAAUAUACAGACGAGGCUUGCAAAACUUUAAUUGUGGGCACAGAAGAAUGGAAUGGAGAAUUAAAACUUAAAGCCCCAAUAAACGAAAAAACUUAUUGCCAAAUUAUGUUGGUAGCAGACGAUCCUUGGGCAAAAUUGGAAAUUGAAUUUGCAAGUCUGGAUAUGAGUAGACGUGCUUUUGGGGCUAUUGACUGUCCUGACCGAUUAUAUGUUUAUGGACUAGAAACAGCUCCAAUGAAAAGCAUAAAAUGCAAUUCUGUGGAUGCACCAAAACCUCGAGAGCAUUUCCUCUCAAAAAGCAAUUUUCUCCUCUUUCAAUUAGAGGCCAACCGCUUUGAUAAAAAACCACGUGUUGGGCCUAUUAUUCGUUACACGCUUCGACCUGCAGCUUAUUCUGCUGCAAUUCGCACACAACGCGCCUCAGUGCACUCUCAAAACUAUGCUGAUGAAACCAUCGAUAAUGAAAUCGCGGAAGGCUCUUCCGAUUCAAGUUUAGGGUUUUUAAAUGGAAUUGGAGGAACUAAAAUUGCCGUUAUUGCUGUUGUUUUGGCUUGUAUUUCUGCUAUUUUGGUUUUGGCAGCAUUCGCGGCAUUUGGCCGUAGAAGGAGAAUUUUACGCAAUCGACGUUAUCGUCAUCAUCAAAAUAAUGGAAGCAACGGAACUAGCAGCAGCGAUAAAAGACGCAAUUCUUGUGCUUCUUCAGUAAAGUCUGGUGAAAAAGUAACAACAACAAACGAAAUUGAAGAACCGCCAGCCACAAAUGGAGUCCAUACAACCAACACAACUUCAACAAUUUCUGGAGUUUCUGGUGGAGGAGGGGGUGUUGCUAAUUUGUAA